AUGCUCUCCUCUCCAAACCAAGCCGAAUCUUUACAUCUUUCUCAGUCAUCUGAUGCCAAAUUUCAAUUCAUCAUUUUUCAUCAGAGAAUGGAGUUCGUCUCGAACCCGGAGGAGAAUGAGGGACCCACGGUGUUGGCCGCAACACUAACAGUCACUUCUGUGGCAUUGAUUGUCGUGGCAGCUCGCCUUUGGGUGCGCCUUGGCAUGAUUCACAGCUUCGGAUUCGAUGACGGGUUCAUGACAUCCGCGAUGGUCAUCGCGAUUGCUGGUCAAGGAGUCCUGAUCGCGCAGGUCAUUCACGGAGUUGGCCGCCAUGUAGGAGACAUUGAUUUCGUCAAAGACUACCCGGUAGUGAUGCAAAUGGCCUUCGUCUCUCAGCCCCUUUUCCUGGCUGCUAUCUGUUUAGUCAAGCUUGCUGUUGGGUCGUCGCUACAUCGAAUCGCCUCCAAAAAGCUUUACAAGAAGCUCAUCACUGGGGUCAUGGUCUUCAUGACCGCUUACACGAUUGCCUGUGUUUUCACCAUUAUUUUCCAGUGCACGGAUGUACGCGCAUUCUGGGACUUCAACGUUAAGGCAACCUGCUGGGAUGUCGAUACGAUCAAGGGCCUCUCCUAUGCAAAUUCGUCGAUUAAUAUCCUCACCGACCUUCUCUUUGGAAUCGCUAUUCCAGCGCCCAUGCUUUGGGGGCUCAACGUCCCGCGAAGGGUUCGAAUAUCUCUCAUGAUGGUCCUCGGUCUGGGAGUCUUUGCAUGUGCAGCAGCUUGCGCUAAAGUCUACUACAUCGUCACAAGUUAUGGGAGGGCCUUCGAUCCAACCUGGGACUCGCGAGAUAUUCAGAUGUGGACCGUCAUCGAGGCUAAUGUUGGAAUCAUAGCUGGAAGUCUGCCAACUCUACGACCCCUCUUCAAGGACUUCCUGGGUAGUAUCUACGGCAAGGGGUCCAAGGCGCCCACAGCAGGAGCAUACUAUGGCCGUGGUACGCUGCGUAGCGGCAGUAACUGGCAGACUCUGUCAAACACCCAAUGGCCAGUCAAGCCGGGCGAAGAGAGAGGCGAGAAGUUUCCCAGGAACCACAUGGACAGAACGGGGAACGAUUACGAGUUGGAGACAUACGCCACUCGGCCUGUGGGAACCACGACCGUCGCGGCUGGGACCGGGGGCGAUGACAGUGAUACGAGUGAGGACAAGGUCGGGCUGCGGGACAGCUUGACCGAUGGGCGGGGUAUCAAGAAGACCACUGUAACUACAGUCAUGUACUCUAGCUCUCCAUAA